AUGCCCACUUUCAGCAAUAGUGUAAGAGAAGAGGUUAUCGACGUAACACUGAGCACGCUUAACUUAGCUCAGGACAUCAGGGACUGGAAAGUGUCUCUAACACCCUCUCUAUCGGAUCACAGGUAUAUACUGUUCAAGACUGAUGGAGAGAUUCCGGAUAAAUAUGCUCGGAAUCCCAGGCAUACUAGAUGGGGGUCCUUUAGGGCAGACAUUGACAGUAAGCUUGGAGCGGUCCCAUACAGGCUUGGCAGGGGCUCUGACAUAGAAGCAGCUGUCGAGUCUCUGAGCAGGGACUUGACGGCCGCAUAUGAGGAAAACUGCCCGUUACGCAAAGUACAAGAGCAACCUCCACAUUCCCCUGAAAAAAGUUCUGCCCAAAGCGCCAUAGAUCCGCAUGCCUUGACGGUUAAUACUAAUCAACAACAUAAAGACAUCAUCCACUCAUCUGAAAAGAUCUUGAUUAAUGUAGAAACAACACCUAAGAAGAUACAGAUCAUUAGAAAAGUCGAAGACAGCGAUAGUUUCAGUUCUGAUGACAACAUACCUUUAGCUAACUUCAAAGCUAAGAAAUUUAGGUCUCCUUUUCAAGAGCUAUUCCCAACUCCGAACUAUGCUGUAACAAAAAAUAAGCCUAAGAGAAAAGCUAUUGAUUAUAAAAGCCAACGAAUUACCAAAGACCUAUUCAAAGAACAUUGA